AUGACGCUGUCGCAGCGCGUGGGAGACGCUGUGAGCGGGGCGGGGCCUCCAGCCCCAGGAAUCGGGUGGGAGAGGAGGAGGAGGAGGAGGAGGAGGAGGAGGAGGAGGAGGAGGAGGAGAAGCCCGCGGCGGCCACAGGGCCCGCGCUCCGCCCCCCGCCCCCUCCUUGUCUUCUGUAGUCUGGCCGGCCCCGAACUGCGCGCUCUAUUCGCAGCCUACGCGGUCAGGGCGUCCACGGGCUUUCGCUCCCUGGCCGGUGCGCUUCCCAAGGCUCGCUGUCCCAGCUUCGGCCGACGACCCCCCCCCUCCCCUCCUCCUCCUCCUCCUCCCCCCCUCCCCCUGCCCCCUCCCCAUCCGGGGCCUCGGCCUCGCCCCGCCCCUGCUCAUCCGGGGCCUCGGGCCCUCGCCCCGCCCCUUCUCCCUUCAGUUUCCCCGGGUCCGCCGGCUCCUUUCCGGCCUCCCCUCUCCUCGCCUGGCCUUGCCCUUCCCUUCCCUUCCCUUCCUUCCCUCCCUUCCCGCCGCCGCCACCUCCCGCUCCUCCUGCUCCCGGCCCGGGCGGCGGCGGCGGCGGCGGCGGCGGCGGCGGCGGCGGCGAGGGCCGUGCUCGGCAUUGCGGUUCCGCGGGGCCUGUGGGCUUCGGCCUCUCCUGGUCCCCGGCUCUCCAUACACCGCCCCCUCCCCCUCCCCGGUCCCCGCCCCGCGCUCGGCUGCGCGCCGGCCUCCGUCCCUCCCCCCCACCUCGGCCGGGGCUCCCGAGGCCCGGCCGGCCUGGCUCCGGCCCGGCCUCGACGGCCCUGAGGGGACGUCGGAGCCGGGGCCGCCGAGGCCGAGGCCGCCUGCGCCAGGGCCCGGGGCGCCAUGACCAUCCUGCCCAAGAAGAAGCCGCCGCCGCCGCCGCCCGGGCCGCCGCCCGCCGGCUCUGACGCCGACUCCGGCCCGG